AUGGCAACUUGGGCUUAUCCUCCACUACCUCCCGAUCAAUUGAACCGGGAGGCCGAUAGUGCUCUGGCUCGUGAGCUAGAGUGGCUCCUACAAUCGCUGCAGGAUUCCCUUGUCGCCUUAAAGGAAGGGCUUCAAGAGUGUGCAGCUCUUUUAGCCCCGGAGGAGCCAGGCUCAACGUUGGUUCUCUCGUCUUUGCGAUCAGAAAAUGUCAAGGGGUUCGUGACUCGUGUCGGCACGAAGGUAGUCAAAGGGGAUAUCCACCUUCGACUUCCUUCCUUGCCUACACCACGCGGUCAACCCAGCACGCGAUUGACCCUUUCGCAAGCCCCUGGCUUAGUGCUCCAACAGCUCGUGUCGGUGCGGAAUUUAGUCAAUCAAAGUUUGGAUAUCGUGGACGUGAGCACGUAUACUGGAAACCCCCUCGACGCAACAUUCAUCUUCAGCCAGCUGCAUCUCCUGCAUGAGACAAUUAGCGAGGCACGCCAUAUGUUGAAGGGAGAGGGGACGUGCGAGGCAACUGGUGGGAUACCAACAUUCGAUCCAGCAACUCCACCCUAUGUGUCAUUCCACCUUUCUAUUGCAGAUUCCGCUCUUGUUCUUCUACUCCGCACUCUGGAGAGUACCACAUUUGUGGCGACUCCAACUGCAUUUGCCACAGACAUCUCGCUCACUGGAUUCUCCUUGCGAGAUCGAAUAUUCGGCAGCCGACAGCGUGUCCAUGACGAGGCUGGCGAUGUAUUCAUGUGGCAUGGCGAAGAGGUACGAGUUAAGGAAAAGAUUCGGGUAGAAAGUCAGGACCCCAGUUUAAUGGCGGUCAUGGCCAAAUUGACUGCUUUGGAGCAUGAAGUGAUGCGCUGGGUGGGUGCAUUACGGGUACUCAUGGGAAAUGAAGACACUGAGAGUGAAUCAUAG